UAUUAGGUAGGCCAGCCAUGAAUAUAACUGUCAUAUAUAUAUUUUUUAAAUUGAACAUUCAUCAAAAUUAUCUGAUUCUUGUGUAAAAGAUUGUUAUUCGGUUAAAAAUUAUGGAGGAUAUCGAACAACUCGAUGAUGUUUUCAAUGAAAAUUUGGAAAAAUACAAACGUUUUAUGAGCUAUUACAAUUCACGGGAAAAAUACCUUAGUACGCGUUGGUUGGCUAAAUUGAAGAAAUCAAAUGCAACAAUUGAGGAUCGAAUAUUAAGAAAUCGCUUUAUUAAAUAUUUUCUAAUAAAUCAAGAAAACGGAAUAAAUAUUUUCAACUUGGAGCCAUUUAAAGCACUGCCAGAAAAUUUUAAUGAACCUCUAACGAAACUUCGACAUAUUUUACCUAAAGAUCAAUAUGCAGACAUUAAUAGUACCGGUCAUCAGGAAGUUUCGAAUAUAAUAGAAUUGUUCAACAGAUUGCCAGAUGAAGUCCAAACGAUAUCUUGUCCAAGGCCAUAUUAUUUGUCUCAAUAGAUUCAGCGCUGAUGUAGGAAAUUCAUACAGCUCUAAUUUAAGAAGCAUUCCCUCCUUGAUAUUAUUAUAUAAAAUUAAACUUUUCGCAAAUUACAUAAAUUAAACGAAUAGACGAAAUUAUGUAUAG